CUGGCCCGUCCUCCUCCAGACGGGCCCUCCCUCCCCCACCCCCUCGGGUCACCCGCUCUUGAGUUGGAGAGUCCUGGCUCCCGUUCGGCUCACAGUCCGGGCAACAGAGGAACACGGGAAUGGACACAGAAGGGAGUCAGAGCAGCCUGUCGUCCUCCACGCAGGACUCCCCACACGACCCCUGCAAAAUGUUCGUCGGCGGGUUGAGCUGGCAGACGACACAAGAGGGGCUGAAGGAAUACUUUUGUAAAUUCGGCGAGGUGAAGGAGUGUAUGGUGAUGCGGGAUCCGGUUACGAAGCGGUCGAGGGGGUUUGGAUUUGUCACCUACGUAGACCAGACCGGUGUGGAUAAUGUUUUGGCCCAAAACAGACACGAGCUGGAUUCAAAAACAAUUGACCCUAAGGUGGCCUUCCCACGUAGAGCUCAGCCGAAGCUGGUAACAAGAACAAAGAAGAUCUUUGUUGGAGGACUGUCUGUCAACACCACCAUCGAAGAUGUGAAACAGUAUUUCGAUCAGUUUGGAAAGGUUGAUGACGCGAUGCUAAUGUUUGACAAAACCACCAACAGGCACCGAGGUUUUGGCUUUGUGACCUUUGAGAAUGAAGACGUGGUGGAAAAGGUCUGCGAGAUCCACUUUCACGAGAUCAACAACAAGAUGGUGGAGUGCAAAAAGGCGCAGCCGAAGGAAGUGAUGUCACCGACGGGUACGGCGCGAGGCCGCUCCAGGGUGAUGCCCUACGGCAUGGACGCCUUCAUGCUGGGUAUCGGCAUGCUGGAUCAGCGAUCUAACCACGUCCUCCCGUUUCUCUCUCUUCCUUGUGCUUUUUGUCCCUCGUGUCCUUCUGCACCUCAAUCUGUUCCUUUCCUUUCCUCCUGUGUAGCAGCUACACCCGGCUGUAAGUGCUUCACUGUGUGUGUUUCUGUGCUCAUAGACAUGUCUCUCCUCUGCCGCUUGAAAGCCUCCUUUCAUGGUGUAUGUCAGUGUGUUUGCGUAGAUAGGACUACAUGUGGAAAAACACUCACUGUGUGUGUGUGUGUGUGUGUUGGUUUUUUAGCUCUGAGCUUGUUUACGCUGGGUUUGUUCACAAACCGCUCUUUUGCCGUUUCUGUUCUAGAAUUCCAUUUAGAACGGACACCCCUUCUGACUUCCUCUCACCCCCCAGAGAUCACAGCCAUUCCACUGACGGCCUACGGACCAAUGGCAGCGGCCGCAGCUGCAGCGAUGGUCAGAGGUUCCACCCCCUCACGUACCGCUGGCUUCCUGGGCACCAGCAGCCCUGGGCCAAUGGCAGAACUGUAUGCAGCAGCCAGUCAGGAUUCAGGAAUUAGCGGCUAUAUCAGUGCGGCAAGUCCCGCCCCCAGCACAGGGUUCGGACAUGGACUUGGGGGUCCUUUGAUUGCAACGGCCUUUACCAAUGGCUACCACUGAGGGGCGUCCAAUCAGAGUCCAGUGUGGGAGGAGAAACUCACGCACUUGUGAACCGCGAGCACCGCUGACGACGUGACAUGCUUAUGGGACGAACCCCAUGGGCGGCUGCGGUCCCCCCUGACUCCGCUCUGGAGUUUCCACCUUUUCUUAUUCUCUAUUCUCUACUAACAUCACUUUUCGUUUUCCUCAUCCCGUAUUUUCUUCCUGAUGUAUCCAACUCGUUUAUGAUAUGCUGCCGUCUUUUGAAAGAAAAAAAUGAAGAAAAAAAAAAAACAGUCAAAACAAUAUUGUUUGAUUGUAUGUGCGGAAACACGCAAGGAAUUUCGUUUCCCCGGAUUUUUAUUUUGACAAGUUUUUCUGCAUUUGUUAUGUAUUUUUGCUGACUGUGUUUUUAUGU